AUGAAGUCGUUAGUUAUGCUUUCCCUCCUCCUCACUCCACUCCUUUUCUCGUUUUCGAACGCCGCCUUGGAUCCCGACUCAGUUUACCAAUCGUUUCUCCAAUGCCUCCCUUUACAGACAACUGAAUCCGCCGAUGAUCUCUCAUCCAUCGUCUUCAGCUCCACCGCCAAUUCAUCCGCUUACACCGCCGUCCUCCAAGCUUACAUCAAAAACCAACGUCUAAACACAUCCUCAACGCCUAAACCCUCUGUUAUCAUAACUCCGACGACAGAAUCCGAAGUGCAAGCCGCAGUUCUUUGCUCUAAGAAAGUCGGUGUUCAGAUUAAGAUCCGAAGCGGCGGACAUGACUACGAAGGAAUCUCCUACAUCUCAUCCGACCCUGAUUUCAUCAUACUGGAUAUGUUCAAUUUCCGCGACAUCGACGUCAAUAUCGCCGAUGAAACUGCGGUUGUGGGAGCAGGGGCACAGUUGGGAGAGCUUUAUUACAGGAUUUACGAAAAGAGUAAAGUCCAUGGCUUUCCCGCCGGAGUAUGUCCGACGGUUGGUGUCGGUGGUCAUUUAAGCGGCGGUGGUUACGGCACCAUGCUUCGUAAAUUCGGUUUAUCCGUGGAUCACGUCAUAGAUGCCCGGAUUGUUGACGUAAACGGCCGCGUUUUGGAUCGGAAAUCCAUGGGUGAGGAUCUUUUCUGGGCAAUUCGCGGCGGCGGUGGCGCCAGUUUCGGUGUCAUUCUAUCUUAUACCGUGAAAAUUGUUCAGGUGGGGGAGGUUAAUACCAUCUUCCGGAUAAUGAAAACGGUGGCGGAAAAUGCGUCGGAACUCGUUUAUAAAUGGCAGUCGGUUAUGGCUGACAUCGACGAUGAUCUAUUCAUCAGAGUCUUGUUACAGCCGGUGACGGUGAAUCGGCAGAGAGUCGGCCGAGCUUCAUUCAUCGCACAUUACUUGGGCGAUGCCGACAGUUUGGUUGCUCUAAUGACCAAAAACUUCCCGGAAUUGGGAUUGAGAAAAGAAGAUUGUGUGGAAGGAAGUUGGAUUGACUCCGUACUUUACUGGGCUAACUUCGACAACACAACCGCGCCGGAGAUUCUCCUCAACCGCCACUCCGACGACAUCAACUUCGGAAAACGGAAGUCCGACUACGUCCAAACACCAAUCUCAGUAUCCGGGAUUACAUCAAUCUUCAACAAACUAGUGGAAUUGGGUAGACUUGGUUUCGUUUUCAACCCCUACGGCGGAAAAAUGAACGAUAUUGCACCGGACGCCACCCCAAUGCCUCACCGCGCCGGCAACAUUUUCAAAAUCCAAUAUUCAAUCGGGUGGAGCGACCCUGAUCCCGAACUUGAAAGAAACUACUUGAAUCAAACAAGGGUAAUGCAUGAUUUCAUGACACCAUUUGUAUCAAAGAAUCCUAGAGGUGCGUUCUUGAACUAUAGAGAUCUUGACAUCGGCGUGAUGACCGGUGACAACUACAAUGAAGGUAAAGUUUACGGGGAGAUGUAUUUCAUGGGGAAUUUUGAACGAUUAGUGAAGAUAAAGACAGCGGUUGAUCCUGAUAAUUUCUUCAGAAAUGAACAGAGUAUUCCUACUCUCCCCGGAAAAAGCUCAGGUAAAUGUGUGGGUUUAGAUUGUGUACAAGUCUCUUCAAGAGGUUAUUAUAGAGAAGCAAGAAAGAAGAUGUUGAUUCAAAUGUCGUUCCUGGUAUUGUGCAAGAUAUUUUUGGGUUGA